GGCUUGGAGGAGGAUAAAGCUGAGUUUAGGCUGGAAACUAAAAGACUAGAUUGUUUUUUGAUACUCCUUGUCCGGUUCCUCUUCACUUCCUUUAGUUUCGCUCCAUGGACAGAUCAACAAACCUGGACAUUGAGGAGCUCAAGAUGACACGAGAACAAUACAUACUAGCAACACAACAGAAUAACCUGCCAAGGGCUGAAAAUGCACACCUUUACCCAGUGGGAAUUUAUGGAUGGCGAAAGAGGUGCUUAUACUUCUUUGUCCUUCUGCUGUUGGUUACCAUGAUAGUUAACUUAGCCAUGACAAUUUGGAUAUUGAAAGUUAUGAACUUCACUGUGGAUGGUAUGGGAAAUCUGAGAGUCACCAAGAAGGGAAUCCGACUUGAAGGUAUAUCUGAGUUUCUACUUCCAUUGUAUGUGAAAGAAAUUCAUUCCCGAAAGGAUAGUCCACUGGUCUUACAGUCUGACAGGAAUGUAACAGUGAAUGCAAGAAAUCACAUGGGGCAGUUAACUGGACAGCUGACAGUAGGAGCUGAUGCUGUGGAAGCUCAGUGUAAAAGAUUUGAAGUGAGAGCGAGUGAAGACGGCAGGGUGCUGUUUUCUGCAGAUGAAGAUGAGAUUACCAUUGGGGCUGAAAAGCUGAAAGUUACAGGCACUGAAGGAGCAGUAUUUGGGCACUCUGUUGAGACGCCUCACAUCAGAGCAGAACCUUCCCAAGACCUCAGGCUUGAAUCACCAACUAGGUCCUUGAUAAUGGAAGCUCCCCGGGGAGUCCAAGUGAGUGCUGCAGCUGGAGACUUCAAGGCCGCCUGCAGGAAGGAGCUCCAUUUACAGUCCACAGAAGGCGAGAUAUUUUUGAAUGCGGAUACAAUCCGGCUGGGAAACCUACCGACGGGCUCUUUUUCCUCUUCUUCACCCAGCUCCUCUCAUUCUCGGCAGACAGUGUACGAACUGUGCGUCUGCCCCAACGGCAAACUGUACCUGUCUCCCGCCGGGGUCGGGUCCACUUGUCAGUCCAGUAGCAACAUCUGCUUGUGGAGCUGAAGUGACUGAUUUCUCCUCACACCAGAAUAGCCUUUUGUUCCUGUCCGUCUGCUUCACAGUUCUGCUCCGUUUCCCUUGUGAUCAGUCCAGAGCUUCUCCAAAUGGUCCACAGAGCAACUCCUCCCAGGGUAAGCAGGGAUUCGCGGCCACGUUCUCCCGUGAUGUCCCGUACUGCUCAACACGGAGAGUAUGAGUGACAGAACAGUGGAAAGACCGUCUUCAGCAGGAAAACUGGAUCAUAAAUUUUGCUCGGAAGGGAGAAUAACAUAGGUGCCUUUGCUACAUGAAGUGAAGCACACAGUUUUAGAUUUUUGCAGGACCUGGAUAUGGACUGCACAUAUAUACAUUACAUAGAUGAAAUUCCCAGUAGCCAAUGGCAAAAUGAAAUGGUUAACCCUGUAAGAAAACUAAUUCUACAGUCUGAAAGCACAAUUUUCCAUUCAUCUUUUUGGAUGUAAA